AUGUCAUCCUGUGAAGCAGAGCUUGAAGACUUAAUGCACCAGAUUGAUAUUAUGGUAAAUCAGAAGAAGUCUGAAUGGGAGAACCAGGAGCAGACUUUACUGGCCAGGCUUCAUGUGCGAGAACAGGAACUAGUGAACAUUCAGCUUUCACUGGAUAAAAAGCAUCAGGAGGUAGGAAGGCUGAAGCAGGAAUUAGACUAUGUUGAAAUCUCUAAACAGAAGAUGACUGAAAAUUAUGAAGAACAGAUUGAGAGGUUUAAAUGUGAGGUAAGCGAAGAGGCUCUGGAUGAAUUACAGAAUUUACAUUCUAUUGUUAUAAAGCAGGCAGAUAAAGGUGGCAAAAUUGUUUUAAUGGAUAAAGAUCUGUAUGUUAAUCAGAUGAAUGUCUUAUUAUUAGAUAACCUUAUCUAUCGACCAUUAACAAAAGCAGCUAAACCUUUAAUUCCCAGAAUAUAUGGCUUACCCAAGAUCCAUAAGCAUACCACUGCCCAGCUUAUGCGACCCAUUGUAUCAGGUGCAGGCUUGUGUACUGAGCCUCUGUCAAUUUAUGUAGAAGGCAUUUUACAUGAGUUCUUAAAUAGUUGUCACACUAUUUUGAGAGAUACAAAUAUGUUUUUACAGCGUCUGUAUGACAGAAUGGAAACUAUUGAUAAUGAUGAAGCAUUUGUAUUUCUUACCAUGGAUAUUGAAUCUCUAUUUACGAGUAUUCCAAAUGUAUGGGGAAUUGAUAAACUCAGCAAACUGAAGGCCGGCUAUGAAAAAUUACAAAAACAUAACAUGAAACGAGUUAUAAAAAGGAACAGCAGAUCUGCAGAUGGUGAAAAAAUAACAUCAGAAAUCAAUCAAGUAAAUCGGAAGCUUCAGCAAGUGCUUCACACUUAUCAGGGUCAGAUAGCCAGUAAAAUGCAACCUCACGUAAAGGACUGGCCACCCACUAAAACGGGCUCUGAACAUCAGAGAAACACACUGGAAAAUUCCAUAGAAGUUCUCAAGGGCAGUGAAGCUAUCAUUACACACUUGAAGGCUACCAGAGAAGACUUGAGCCAGCUAUGUAAACAAAACUAUCAACUAUUACAGGAACUGAGUACAACUCAGAGGCAAUGCAAGAAUUUAGAGUUGGAACUGUCAGAACAAAAAAUUGAACUGCAGUCUCGUGAUGACCUGCUGAAAGUGACUGAACAAGAGCAUGCAGAACUGAGAAAUCAAAUUGCAAAAAUGAAAGCAGCCAGCACAGAGCAAGAAUGUGCACUGAGGUUACAGGAGCAGGAAUCCGAAAAGGUGAUGGCCAGAGAAUUAGCCAAUCUCAAAAUGGAACUGGAAAGCACAACAUGUUGUCUAAAAGAAAGCAGAAGGAAUGAGAUGUUACUAAAAACUGAGAUAACAAAACUGCAGGAAGGACUCAGGUCAUCACAGUCACAAUGUGAGCAACUAAAUGAGGACCUUACCAAGAGGAACAUGGAAUGGCAGUCAGCAAAGCAGAAGCAGAAAGAGCAGCUGACAGAACUCAGCAAGGUGAGAGAGCAGCUUAAACAGCUAGAGCAGUCUCAUGGCUCUGAGAUGGAGAGGAUGAGAAUCAAAGUCUGCGAUCUUACUAUGGACCUUCAGAAAAAAGAUGCCAGCAUAGAAACUCUUACAGAAAAAGUUAAAUACAUGCAAAAGGAGCAGAGUGUGCAACUUAAAGAAAUGAGUACUCAGCUGGGUGAAUAUCAGACAGGAAGCAGUACAUUACAAGUGUUACAGAACACUGCGGUCUCCAACUACAAACUACAGCUAGAGGAAAUAAAGCUGAAGAAUGAAGUCACUCAUUUACAGACACAAGCAGAAACAUUUUCACCAACCAGCCAGGAAAAAUAUGAAACAGCACUAAGGAAUACUAAUCAGUUUGCAACAAUGAUAAAAGAACAUGAAAGCAGUGAUUUCCCUUGCAAAACAAACAUUAACAUUCAAGACAAGAAGGAUGCAAAAAAAAUGUCUCCAUUUGUUUCUCUGCAAGUUAUUCCCCUUUAUUCAGGCACAGACAGUGGAAGUGGGCAUCGUUUGACCAACACUAUGUCUAGCAGUUCAUCAAGCUCUACUGACAGUGGGAAGAAUAUUUCACCAAUGGUAAGUAGUCAAUACAUCUUUAGAAACUUUUUUUUUUUUUUUUCCAUGAGCACUGAAUUGUUACUCCAGUUCUUCUUACUAUUGUUAGCAUCAUCAAAGGCAAGACUUUGCCAGCACCAUGGUGUAAAGGGAUAUGGCCUUACAUCAUUCGCUGCAUCAGCUGUGCAGAUUUUUUUCCAUGAAGAAGAAGAACGUGCUCUUCAACUUGAAAAGAUGUUGGAUUCUCACAUUUUUGAAUUACAGAAGCAUUUGGACAAAACUGUUAAUAAGUAUACCCAAGCUAACUUGAAAAAUAAUUCCUUGGGUGCUUCAUCUUUGACAUCGGAAGAUAAAUUUUCUUAAAAAGAGAAGAGCAUCAUAAUUCUAGUUAAAUGCAGCCCCCCACUAGUAGCUGCAAGAUGCAAUUAAUACAGAAAACAAUGACAUUUUGAAGUUCAAAUGGCGUUCCACUAUAUAUGAAGAUACUGUCUUCAGAAGCAGAACAUAUUUUAAUAGUCAUAUCUGUUAAAUAAUGUAUAAUAUGCAUUACAGUCAGCUUAUAUAUUUUCAGUUAUCAAAUUACAUUUCUGUGCUGUGCUUACUGGUGUUAGGUUCAUAGGUUAGUACUAAGCUAACUGCCCUUGCGAGCCAUUUUAAGCUUAGCCAGUUAUCCCUUGUGAGACUCAAACCCUGCACCUUGUGUUUGUAAGGCACACACCUUAACCAUUAGGCCACCCUCCCAACCCCAAUAUAUAUGUACCAACACCCAAGCAAGGACUCAAACCUUGGACCCUCAGAUUGAGAGUCUAAUACUCUACCAACUGAGCUACCUUACUGUCUGUAUUAUAAGAAUUGUAUAUAGAAGUUUUA